ACCUUGUUUCUCUUUGGACACUCUUUUGGAGUCAUUUUAUACCUCUGCUGGAGGCAGGACUGUGCCUUCCUGACUGAUAGCCUGUUUGGUGAAUGCCUUUCUUGGCUUUUGGGAGUCUUUGCCCAGGAGGAGAGUUUACCGGACAACUCUGAGGUUCCAGUUUGCCUAGCCAGCACCACAUCUUGGUGCUUUUAUACACGUAAAAUAAGCCCGUUUGGUUACUUGAUCAUGCAUUGCAACAUGUUGUCUAUGGCCAGCUCACAAAGACUACUUUAUCUUCUGAACCAGGCCCUAACCAGGUGUAAAGAGGAAGAGAGGCAGCUUGAACAGCAGCUCCAGCAAUGUCACCGCCUUCUGAGAGCCUGGAAAAUGACUGAGAAGGAGAGCUUGAAACAGGAUGACAAACCAAGUGCAGCUCUAGAGACUGAGCCAUCCAUGCUAGAGUUACAAGAGGUGGAGCUGCUAAAUAAAGUUUUAGAGAAGGCCCUAAAAGUGCGUGGAAAUAACAGAUCAGAUCCCCCUUCUAACAAGGUACCGCCCACUAUCUGCUCUACCCAUGCCAAGGCCUCAUCCUGUCCAUCAACAAAAGAAAAGCCUCCUACACCUGCUUCCAGAACUUCUGCUUCAAGCACAAAGCCUGGUGUCUACCUGUUGAAUCCUCCUUAUAGGACCAACCAUGAAAAGAAGAGAAACCAUGGCCCUGGGAAAGCUGCGGUAAAUAAGCUGUUUAAUAAGGCUUCUUCGGGCCAGCUGGCUACAAAAAAAGAUACCUAUGAUAGGGAACGGCAAACAGAAACCAUGGAGGACUCAAGCAAAAAAGAGAGUACAAUAGUUAAGGCUGCAUCUCAUUCUACCUCAGCCAUGGAGGCAGCAGAAGAGAAAGACCAUCAGUAUUUCACUCUGAAGGAUAAAGGAUCAACUCUGAAACUACCAGUGGAAUAUCGACGUGAAUACACAAGAAACAGCAGAUUGUGGGAGAAGUUUUAUGAAGCACAGUCCAACCUUCCUUCUACAUGUCCUCCAUUUAUACAGAAACUGCAAACAACUUUUACACCAAGCUGUCCUGGAAUGAGCCUUUCUGAAUUGGAAGACAACAUUGCUCAGCUAGAACAAGCCGUAUCAGUGAUACAACAAAGUGUAGAGGGCUUUAAGAGUAACCAUAGCGCAGUUCGAAGGCACUGGGAAAACUACCGCUCGCUACUGUUCUCUGAGGUUCUUCAAGAGCAGACAUUACAGCAUCUCUCAUCUUUGCACCGACUUCAGGAGGGUGCUGAGCAAUACCUGAAAUGGAGUGAACAACAGUCAAGCAGUUUGACAUCCAUUGAACCAACAAGAUGCCGUACCUCUACUCGCACUGCUCGCCCCAUUCUCCUGUAUAGUAACCCGCUUGAACUCUCCCAGUUAGCUAGCUGCAGACUGCGGGUAUUGGAAUUGCAGCAAAAAAUUUACUUACAUAAGGUGCUGAGAGACGAGCUGCUCGCCGAGGCAGAGUCACAGUGUCACGAAGCCCCAGCCUCUCGGGCGCUUUUCAGAGCAAUAUAUACAGAGCUGUGUGAAGGGGGAGACAGAUUCCCUGUUCUCGUGCAUGAGGAGAACUAACCGCAUACAAUCAGCUCACAGAAGCAAAAAACACCAACAAAAUACAACUGCAAGUGAAUAUUUUGGUAAUGUUUUAUUUAGCCCACAUUUUUGUGUACUGCUGCCUGUGUGAAAAUUAUAAUUAAAGGGACAUGAAACCCAAUUUUUUUUUGAUGAUUUAGAUAGGAAAUACAAUUUUAAACAACUUCCUGUUUACUUCUAUUAUCAAAUUUGCUUAAUUCUCUUGGUAUCAUUUGUUGAAGGAGCAGUAAUGCACUACUGGUUUCUAACUGAACACUUGGGCGAGCCAAUGACAAUAAGUAUAUAUAUGCAGCCACCAAUCAGCAGCUAGAACCUAGGUUCUUUGCUGCUCCCGAGCUUACACAGACAAACCUUUCAGCAAAGGAUAACAAGAGAAGGAAGCACAUUAAAAAAUAGAAGUAAAUUCAAAGUUGUUCAAAAUUGUAUUAUCUAUCUAAAUCAUGAAUGUCUAAAUAUGACUUUACUGUCCCUUUAAGGGAACCCUAAGCUACAGAGCUUUAAAGGGCCAUAACAUAAAUGACAUGCUCUGAUUUGUUUUAGAUGUAAUUUUAAGAUUAUUGACCCCGCAGUACUCUGUGUUUAAUCUCCACACAGUAGAAGUACCGCUUUGAACCCUCAGAGCACUGCUGGUCCUGAGCUGAAACCGACACUCAUCGAUAGUCUUAAAAUGACAUGAUCUUACAAAUUAGAGCAUGUUAUUUCUUGACUAUUAUAGCCCUUUAAUUAAUAGUACAGUGCCUGUUGUGUUGUUAAAAGGGCACUGAUCUGCACGGGGUUAAAGUGUAUGUGGUCGAUUUGCAAGCUUGUGGCAAACACCUAACUAGUGGGUUAAAUAACAAUGUCUGAGUUUUAAAAUGAUUUUCUACUUGAAGUUUUUAUGUCUUAUGUUUGAUUUAAUAUUAUGAAGCUGAAAAUGUGUCCUUUAAAACUACACAAGUAAAAUGUCAACAUUGUAAAUAGCAAUUCUCUACAGCUAACCGUCUCUUGCAUGCAAAGGGUUAACACUAACCCUACCUGGUCACUAUUAAAGGGAGACUAAAACCACAUUUUUUCUUUAAUGAUUCAGAUAGAGUAUGCAAUUUUAAGCAACUUUCUAAUUUACUCCUAUUAUUAAA